UUAAAUGAAAAUGAUUGCAUAGCAUUUGAUGGUGGUUACUACUACUAUAUUAAAAAAUCUAUAGAUAAUUGCGAUAGAAAAGGAAAUGAUAAAAUAAAUCUUAAUAAUUUUAUGUUUCCUAUUAGAAAAAGUAAAAAUAUAGACUUAAAUGAUAAUGAAUUACUAUACAAUGAAACUUUUGGAAGUUUUAGAAAUUUAAAAAUAUAUAAUGUACAAAUAAAAUUAUCACUUCUAUUAUUAAAUAUUCAAAAGUUUUGUCAGUUAUAUAAUAUACCUAAUAAACCAAAUCAUCUGUUAUGGGUUAAUGAAAACUUUGAUUAUCCU